AUGGCUCUCGACGACGAGGAAGAUGAAGACGCGCGGAGAGAGCGUGAGCGGUUGGAUGACCUUAAGGAGUGCGAUGCCUUCGCCGAAUACGUGCGCGAACGCGACAAGGCCGCGACGAAGAAGCUUGUCGAGGAUCGUUCGUCGAAGGGCGAAGCCGCCGAGCCCGCGCGCCGGCGACAGUUAGCAGACGACGCCGCCGCCCGCGACGCUGCGCUCCCCGACCUCCGUAAACGCUCGCGGUACCAGUAUCUCGAGAAGCGUGAGGCGCAGCGGCUCGAGCUCCUUCGGCGUGAGAUUGCGGACGACGAGGCACUCUUCCGCGGGAUGAAAAUCACACGGCGCGAGCGAGAGGCGUUCGAACAAAAGAAGGAGGUCCUUCGCCUUGCCGAGGAGCGUCUCAAGCUUGACGACGGCUACGAUGGCUACCAGCUCCCUGAGGACUACUUCACCGCCGAGGGCAAGAUUGACAAGCGCAAAGAGAGCGUGCUCUACAAGCAGUACGAGGAGGCGGCGAAGAACAAGGACAAGGAGCAGUUUACGACCGACAUCGACCAGUGGGAGGCGGCGCAGACGGCCCACAGUACGUUCAAGGUCGGCGCGAUGGACAAGCACGAAAUGGUGGAGGAUUACGAGUAUGUGUUCGACGAGAGCCAGACCAUCAAGUUCGUCAUGGACAGCACGAUGGGCAGGCAGGGAAUGCUGAGUGCGAAGGACAAGCUGCUGCAAGCGCAGAUCGAGGAAGCGGAGAAGCGGGGUGAGCCCUACCAUUCUGUUCUCGACGCAUAUAUGCAUUUCCGCGAACAACUCCUGGACGCAAUCAAGGAGCACCAGGUCCUGAUCGUCGUCGCCGAGACUGGCUCAGGCAAGACAACCCAACUCCCGCAGUACCUGCACGAAGCAGGCUACACCGCAAACGGGCAGAAGAUCGGGUGCACGCAGCCGCGGCGCGUGGCGGCCAUGUCCGUCGCUGCGCGUGUAGCAGAAGAGAUGGGCACCAAGGUCGGGCACGAGGUCGGCUACUCGAUCCGGUUCGAGGACUGCACCAGCGACAAGACGGUCGUGAAGUACAUGACAGACGGCAUACUCCUUUGCAAGUUCCUCACCGAGCCCGAUCUCGCAGGUUACAGCGCGCUUAUCAUCGACGAGGCGCACGAACGCACACUCGCCACCGAUAUCCUCUUCGCAUUCGUGAAGGAUAUCGCGCGGUUCCGGCCCGAGCUCCGCUUGCUGAUAUCGAGCGCAACCAUGGACGCGGAAAAGUUUGGCGAGUACUUUGACGACGCGCCUAUCUUCUACAUUCCUGGCCGACGAUACCCUGUCGACAUCCACUAUACGCCGCAACCCGAAGCCAACUACCUUCACGCCGCGAUCACCACCGUCUUCCAAAUCCACACCACGCAGCCCAAGGGCGACAUCCUUGUCUUCUUCACCGGACAAGACGAGAUCGACGCCGCGCAAGAGAACUUGACCAAGACCGCGCGUGCUCUGGAGGGCGCGCGCAAGGUCGUCCUCGCGACGAACAUCGCCGAGACGAGUAUCACGACCAACGGCGUCGUCUUCGUCAUCGACCCCGGUUUCGUCAAGCAAAACUCGUACAAUCCUCGCACGGGCAUGUCCUCCCUCGUCGUCGUGCCGUUACACAUCUCGAGGGAUGCGCUCUCCAGUUGCAAGUUCAAGCAUGCGUCUGUGAACCUCGUGGUCAAGCUCCUCAGCCAGUUGUUGCACAUGUUCAGUCAUGUUCGUUUCCAGGAAAUUGAUAAGGGGAGCAAGUACCGUGGCUGGAUCUUUGAGAACUGCUGA